GUAUAUAUCUCUUGGUGGAGGAAUGCUUGUCGCCUACUCCUUUUAGUUUCCACUCUCUCUCACAACUUUAAAACUCUUUCCCAGAAAGAAAAAAACAGAAGAAAAGAGAAUUUCACAAGGCACAACCUUUUCACGGAGAUAACUCUGUUUCUUUCUGGGUAAAUGGAGAGACACAGGUGUAAGAUUUGCUUCAAGAUCUUUUCUAAUGGAAGAGCUUUGGGUGGUCACAUGAGGUCUCAUAUGUUAAAUCUUCCAAUUCCUCCAAGACCAGAAGAAGAAGAAGAAGUAGAAGAAGACCUACAAAUUCAACUCGGUAAAGACACCGAAUCAGCUUCAUCUUCAUCUUCAGAGGAAGAAGCAGAAGCAGAAGCAGAAGCAGAGGGAGAUGAUAAGGGUCUUUAUUAUGGAUUAAGGGAGAAUCCAAAGAGAAGUAUUCGAUUCGUAGAUCCUGAGUUCUCUUUUGCUGUGGAUGCUGCAUCUGUUGUUCUUCAGGACAGAGAAAGCGAGACUGAAUCGUCCAAGAACCCAACUCUAAGACGUUCCAAACGCACUAAAAAAUUGUUAGAGCAUCAAUAUCAUCACCAACAACAAAGACAAGAGCAAGAGAACAACAUAAAGAAGCUUAAUUCUAACAAAUUUAGUAAGACCGAGUUGUGGGCUGAACCCGAAGCCGUGAGUUCGAUCUCUCAGACCACCACAGAGGAAGAUGUUGCUUUCUGUCUUAUGAUGCUUUCAAGGGACAAAUGGAAGAGGAUGAAACAACAAAAUCAACUAGAACAAGAUGAGGAAGCAGAAGCUGAAAAGUCCAUUGAGGAAACCGAUGAAUCAGAGGAGUUUAAAUUUUGCGAGUCAAGAACUCGAGGCAAGUAUAAGUGCCAAACAUGUAAGAAGGUAUUUAAAUCUUAUCAAGCUCUGGGUGGACACAGGGCAAGUCACAAGAAACUCAAAGUUUAUACACCCGGGAAGGAACUAAAAUUGGAGCCAGAGAAUGCAGGAAAUUCAACAUCCACUGCAGAGAAGAAAGUUCAUGAAUGUCCAUAUUGUUUCAGAGUAUUUUCAUCUGGGCAAGCUCUGGGAGGUCACAAGAGAACUCAUAUAAUUGGUUUAGCAACUACUCCUGCUAGGAGUUCUUCAAAGAUCGAAGACAACAUGAAUUUAAUAGAUCUCAAUCUUCCAGCUCCAAUUGAUGUUGAUGAUCUUAGCCAAAUUGAGCUAUCUGCAGUAUCCGAUGCAGAAUUUGUCAACCACAUCAAGAGCUUUAAUUCUACAAACAGAUCUGCUGCACCAGCUGAGAUUAGAGGGAGAAAUAGCUUCUAAUAACACGAAUUGAAUUAAUACUUUUCCAUAUGUUGGAAAUCUGAAAAGCUGAUAAGAAAAAAAAAAAAAAAAAAGGUAAAAUCCUCUGUUUUUUUUUUUUUU